AUCAGCUGACAAUUGACACAAAGCGACUUGCAGCAUGACGACGUUUCCGCUGCCCGCGACCUUCUUCCGCUGCCCCGAGCUCUCGGUCGACGAGCGCGAGUACAUGGUCAACCUCGCGCAAAAGUCGCUCGUCGAGCUCGUGCGCCACUCGAACCUCGAGGGCGGCCCGAUCCGGUGGAGCCUCGACAGCGACGACGCCGGCUUGCAGCUGUACACGGGGUCGGACCCGUCGGCGGUCGGGUCGGAGAUGACGUUCCUUUGCUCGACGACCGAGAUCAUGGCGUCGCUCGACGAGGUUGCAGCGCUCUUCCGCUCCGACACGACCGAGACCUUUCGCGAGUACACGCGCAACUUUGGCAAGGACCUCCUCGACGCGCAGUCGCUCUACACGCUGGCGCGGCCGACGGCCGAGAACCCGCGCCACUUUAUCGGCGUCAAGUGGAUGGUGCUCGAGGUGCCCAACGGCUUGGCCAAGCACCGCGACAUGUGCUACCUCGAGUGCCAAGACGACUUUGAGAUGAACGGCAAGCGCGGCUGGGCGCGGUCGCUGAAUUCGAUCAAGCUGCCGUGCUGCCCGGAUCUGCAAAACAGCCUCAACCUCGUGCGCGCGUCCAUCUACCGCACGGGCUUUGUCUUCCUCGAGACGAACCGGCCGGGGUACCUCAAGGCCAUGCACGCGGUGCAGAUCGACCUCAAGGGCAACAUUCCAAAGUUCAUCGUCAAGAUGGGCGCCAAGCGCCGCGCGCGGAGCAUCGCCGACAUUGACCAGUUUCUGCGCGAGCGGCGGCUUAGCGGCGAGGUCUUCCUCGAGAAGCAGCAGCUCAUUCCGCGCUCGAUGCGCAGCAAGUGCUUUCUCUGCAGCAAAAAGUUUGGGCCAUUCUCCAAGAAGAAGAACUGCCGCAAGUGUGGCGAGGUUGUCUGCAGCAGCUGCAGCAAGUACUGGGACAUCAACGUGAACGGCCUCGGCCGAUCCAUGAUCCGCGUCUGCUCGGCGUGCUCGGUGGGGACGUUUCACAAGGGCCUGCCACGGCUGCAGUCGGCCUUCACCGACAACGCCAGCGAACAAGACUCGACCGAUUACAACGAGGAAGGCAAGCGCGUGCUGAGCCGACACAGCCACCACACGCCCCGGAUGGCGCGGGGCCUUCAGCGCCCCCCGCAGGACGUAAACGUGAGCUUGAGCUCCAAGCAGGCGCCGUUCAGUCGACGCGAGCCGGAGGCCGAGCCGCCGGUCAUCGCUGCCAACCGACAUAUGCUGCCCGCGGCCCGGUCCAUCAAGACGGACUUGGCCACUGAGCCGUCGAGUGCGCCGCAGCCGUCUCGCGCAUCGCGCUACACAGUCGAGAGCAGCCAGAGCAACAACGAAUACGUCGGCCGUCACGAGGAGUGGCAGGCGUCGGACCACGGCAGCAACGACGGCGGCGCGCGCUACGGCUACGACAGCCGACCGAUUGCCGAGGCGCGGUACGCACCGGUGCCCGAAGGCCGCGAGCGUGGCGACAACGACCGGUACGAAGAGCGCAGCCAAGAGAGCCGCGAGGUCGACCCGCGCUUUGCCGAACAACCACCGCAGAGCCACGAAUUGCGAGUCCAAGGCCACGAGCCACGGUACUUGGACGCUCGCUUUCAGGAGACGCGCAACUUUGAUCCGCGGUACAACGACUACGACCCGCGGUACCCGCCAAACCACCACCAUGACCCGAGAUUUCCGGAGGCUCGCUACCCCGAGCCUCGGUACCAGGAGCCACGGUACUAUGGUCAGCAGCCAGCGCGCUACUAUGACGACGACCGCUACUACGACCGAGACCCACGCUACAUGGACCCUCGCUAUUUGGACCCCCGUUACAACGACCGGCGCUACGUCCACCCUCGCCACGACGACCGCGACGCGCGUGGACCGCCACGGCUACUUGAGCAUCCGGACAUGGCACCACCAAGUAGUGAUGGACCGACGCAGGAAACCGUCGACCUGCGCGCACCGCCAACGAGCGGCCGCCACAUGUCGGCGACGUCUGACGACGAGGCCCAGUACCGCCCGUACGCACCCCUCAACGCGCAAAACCUCGCCGCGUUCACCGCCAACGGUGCCACGGAUCCGUCGCGUCGGCACGACGACCGGUUCACCGACGCUCGGCGCCCAAUUAUCCAGGAGGAAGAGCUCCGCAUGAACACCCAGCGCCGCGACGACUACAACCGCCGCUGGUACGACGACGAGCUCGUGGGGCGCUACGAAGACCGCCCCGACGCUCGGUACCAAGAACAGUCGCGGUACGUGGAACCGUCUCGGUACAUGGACCCUCGUGACCAGGUGCGGUUCCGCGACCAGCCGCGCUACCCGGACGAGCCACGCUACCUGGACGAACCGCGCUACCCGGACGAACCGCGCUACGACGACCAGCCUCACCAACCGCGGUACAACAGCACCCAGCCGCGGUACAACAGCACCCAGCCGCGGUACCCCGAGGAGCCUCUGUACAGCAACGACCCGCGUCGCCUUGCGGAUCGCGAGCCCAAGGCGGCUCCGACGAGCGAGCUUUCGAUGCUCGCGCAGCAGAUGGCGUCGCUCGGUGUGCAAAUGGACCCUGCGGCCAUGACGCCGGCGCAGCUCAAGGCCCUGUACAACCAGCUCCAAAAGCUCAACCUGGACGACCCGAAGCCCUAGUUUGUUGUUUGCACGAAGAAUGAAUUUGGGUAGUGUCGA